GCGCGUCCUUGCCGCUCAACAUCUCGCGAUACCAAGGCGCAGAAGCAGCUCUCUACUGGCUUGGGCUUGCAGGAAAGAUGGAGUAUUCGGUGUUGGGCACUGUAGGUGCUGCGGAUGGCGGAAGGGCCGAGCCAUACAACAGCUCGGGAGAGCGGGAGGGCGGGGAACCGGACGGAGUGCGCUUCGACCGCGAGAGGGCGCGCCGCCUGUGGGAAGCAGUGUCCAGUACUCAGCCGGUGGGGAGGGAAGAAGUAGAGCACAUGAUCCAGAAGAAUCAGUGUCUCUUCACCAACACCCAGUGUAAGGUUUGCUGUGCCUUGCUGAUUUCUGAGUCCCAGAAGCUGGCACAUUACCAGAGCAAAAAACAUGCCAACAAAGUGAAGAGAUACCUAGCAAUCCAUGGAAUGGAGACAUUAAAGGGGGAAACGAAGAGGCUAGACUCAGAUCAGAAGAGCAGCAGAAGCAAAGACAAGAACCAGUGCUGCCCCAUCUGUAACAUGACCUUUUCCUCCCCUGUUGUGGCCCAGUCGCAUUACCUGGGGAAGACCCACGCAAAGAACUUAAAGCUGAAGCAGCAAUCCACUAAGGUGGAAGCCUUGCACCAGAAUAGAGAGAUGAUAGACCCAGACAAGUUCUGCAGCCUCUGUCAUGCAACUUUCAACGAUCCUGUUAUGGCUCAACAACAUUAUGUGGGCAAGAAACACAGAAAGCAGGAGACCAAGCUCAAACUCAUGGCACACUACGGACGACUAGCAGACCCUGCUGUCACUGACUUAUCAGCCGGGAAGGGCUACCCCUGCAAGACGUGUAAGAUAGUCCUGAACUCCAUAGAACAGUACCAGGCUCACAUCAGUGGCUUCAAACACAAGAACCAUUACAGAUCACCAAAAACAACAGUAUCACCCUUGGGCCAGAUUCCAGUACAGAAUCAACUCAUUCAAAAAGACUCAAGCAUCUUGGAAGACUAAAAAUGUGUCUGUCCAACAGCUCGUGUUGGACCAACCAUGAGCCAGCUUCCUGUGACUAUUGUCAGCCCCUGGCUCCCUCUUCCUCCCUUCUUACACCAGGAGAAGAUGUAGCCCUAAGCCACUGAUUGGCCCAGGCAAAUC